AUGGUGUCCAAUGCUGCCCUUCCUUCGUCCGUGCCUGAGUCGUCGCAGCCGCCGGGCCUUGCGAAGGAGAUUCCGAUCUUCGAGUUCACGAAGAGGAAGCGGUGGGCUGACCUCCUCGUCACCGAACUCAACGACACCAUCAUCCUCGUCCUCUCCGAGACCGGCGAGGUCUGGUACUGCGGCAACGCGGUUACGGAGCUGCUCGGAUGGCGCGACGACGAGCUGGUGGACACAGAGCUCCUGGACCUCGUGAACGCGGACGACCGCGACAACUUCCGCGCGGCGUUCACCGAGAGCAUCCACGGCCGCUCGGAGAUGCUCACGUACGCGCGCAUCCAGUGCAAGAACGAGUUCUACGUCGCAAACGACUUCACCUCCGCGCCGCGCGAAAUCCUCUUCGAAAUAAAGGGCCGUCCGCACCAUCUGCCGGACACCGGCGAGUUCAAGUGCUACUUCGCGAUGGCCCAGCCCUAUCCGAGCCGAAACACGGCCAUGUUGAACACGUUCCUCGAGCUCAAGAUGGAGAACGAGCGACUGCAGCAGCGUGUCGCGCAGCUGCGUUCCCAGUCUCAAGCUAUCGACGGGAUAAGCGAGAGCCCGUUCACCUCGUCCGACAACUUCGGCGGCACAGACCCUUCGCGACCUUCGUUUGAGCCGGGUAUGCCCCCAGAGCUCGAUGACGAUGGUCCCCGAAAGAAGUCGAAGCGUUUAGCUGCAGAACAGCAUGUCUGCGUUACAUGUGGCCGGACCGAUUCUCCGGAAUGGCGAAAGGGUCCCAUGGGUCCCAAGACACUGUGUAACGCAUGUGGGCUGAGGUGGGCGAAGAAGGCGCGGAAGACGGGCGAAGGCGAUGGAGACGGUGACCCGGCCAGUGGCUCGGCUAUAAUCUUCUGA